GAUAUGUAUCACGAAGUACCCACUUGUCAUAUAACUACUGGGUACUACGUCGGUUUUUCGUACAUGAUGAUGCGCCGCUAUUUGGAUGCCAUUCGUACGCUGUCCGCCACGUUGGCCUACAAAUCCCGAGCCAUAGGAAUCGUCCAGCGUGCCGAGUUGCGUGAGUACAUCCAGAAACAGUCAGAUCAAAUGUCCAGCCUGUACGGAUUAUGUCUCACUCUGUGCCCUUUGUCCACGGAUAAUACGCCGGAUUCGGAUAGGCGGGACAAAUUCGCAGAGACGCUGAUUCGUCUUCAACAACUGUGA